AUGAAAACUAAACUAAUGUUAAUUGAUAAGAUACUUCCACAUAAUAUCGAUAAAAGCAGUGUAUUACGAAACCUGAAAAAUGUUACUAUUUCUUAUAAACACGCUGAAAAUAAUUAUGCAAUCCACAUAAAUAAAUCUGGAUCCAACUUGGACGACACUGGACAAAAUAAAAGUACUAAUGAUCUGUCUUUUAACGUAGAAAAAACAUCUUUUAUGAAGACUAUACUAGAAAACAUAAAAUCACCUUUGCCAAGACCACUUGCAACACCAAAGAAAAUAGUUAUAGACUUCAGUUCACCAAAUAUAGCAAAGCCAUUUCAUGCAGGGCACUUGAGAUCAACAAUCAUAGGAAACUUUAUUGCCAAUAUAAAUACAUAUUUUGACAAUAAUGUCACUCGACUUAACUACUUGGGCGACUGGGGUACACAAUUUGGGCUCCUGCAAUAUGGAUUAAAAUCAAAGAAUAUUAAUGUAAAGGACUUAAAAAAUGAUCCAAUUAGAAUCCUGUAUGAUGUUUAUGUGUAUGCAAAUAAAUUGGCUGCAAAUGAUGCCAAUGUUCAAGAAGAGGCUAGAAAGUUCUUUUCAGAUAUAGAACAAGGUAGAAUGAGCUUAGAUAACUGGAAAAAUAUUCGAGAAGUCACUGUACAUGAGUUAGAGAAAGUGUAUCAAAGGUUAGGAAUACAAUUUGAUACAUACCACUGGGAAUCAGAUUAUAAUGGUGGAGCUAUUAAACCUAUUAUGGAUUUGUUGGAAAAGCAAAAUAUAAUCAAAAUUGAUGAAUCUGGAAAGAAAAUAGCAAAUAUAAAUAAUAGAGAUGUAACUGUAUUGAAAAGUGAUAACUCAACACUAUAUUUGGCGAGAGAUGUUGCAGCUUUAUUGGAUAGAUAUAAGAAAUAUGAGUUUGACAGAAUGUUGUAUGUAGUUGACAAUGCCCAAACAGAUCAUUUUACUGCAGUCUUUGAAAUUGUUAAACAAAUUGACCAGAAAUGUACAGAAGGUUGUGAACACAUCAAGUUUGGCAGGCUGAAAGGAAUGAGUACACGAACUGGAAAUGUUGUAUUUUUGAAUGACAUAUUGGAUGAAGCCAAAAGAAAAAUGCAUGACAAGCAGGCUUUAUCAAAAAAUACUAGAACUGGUGCAAUGAAUGAAGAAACAUGCGACAUCUUGGGGACCUCGGCUGUCCUUAUUAAUGAUUUGAAGCAGAAAAGGCUAAAAGACUACACAUUUAGUUGGGAUAAAACUCUUCAAACUGAAGGAGACAGUGCUAUCAAAUUACAGUAUCUUCACUGUCGUCUUUGGAGUCUAGAACAAAACUGUGGUGUAUCAUUACCAGACUCAUGUGAAGCAGAGUGCCUAUCUGAAGAAGUAAUAGGAGAUGUAAUAGCAGAAUUGGCUAAAUUCGAAAAUACCCUUCAGAAAUCUUUAGAAGAAUAUGAAGCUUGUAUUCUUGUUAAUUACUUAUUCCGUCUCGCAAGACAUGUUAAUAGAAUGUUUAACGAAGUAAGGGUAAAAGAUGUAAGCUCAGAUUUAGCAGCCCAAAGAUUACUUGUUUUCUAUUGUUCUAGAAUAGUUCUUAAAACUGCCUUGCAGAUUUUAGGUAUAAGACCUUUGAAAGAAAUGUAA